AUGGCAACUGAGGAGAGAAUAAAGUUGCUCGUAGCUGCGAAAAAGGGUGUUUACGAAGAUGUCGUUAUCUUGUCUAAAUUGAAAAUUCCAUUAGGAGAUUAUGUGCAACCCCCGCAUAAUAGGACAGCUUUUUGGUAUAGUUGUAGAAAUGGAAACUUAAAAAUUGCAAGAAUAAUUUUAAAGAAAGGAAGUAACAUUAAUCAUAAAGACGCAAAUGGAAUAUCCCCUCUACAUAUUUGUGUUAAAUAUGGCCACUUGAACAUCGCUAAAUUUCUUAUUGAAAAUAAUGCCGAUAUAAAUAUUAUGGAUAAUGAAGGACAAUCACCUAUUUUUUAUGCCAUAAUAAAUAAACAUUAUGAAAUUGCAAAAUUGUUGAUAGAGAAUGGUGCCAAUGUUCAAAUAAAAGACAACAACAAUGCAACUGUUUAUGAUUAUGCCGAUUUUACGGGGAGAACAAAAUUAUCUUCAUAUAUAUUAUAUAAAAGUAAUGAACUAAUUGUCAAAAACGAAAAUUAUUUAACAAAUGAGGAUAAGGAAACUUGUGAAUAA